GACCUUAGAAACCAACUAGAGAAAUUACAUGGUGAAAUGACUGAGAAAGAAAAAGCAGCUGAACAUCAUUACAAUAUUCUUUUGAGUGAAAGCAAUCAGAAGUUGCAGAGCCAAGAACUGGUUAUCAAGCGGCUGACAGACAGUGUCAAUCAAAAGGAUCUACAGCUUCAGAAACUUGAUGGAACAGUUAAGGAAAAGGAUGCAGAGUUGCAGGAGCUCCUGAAUAAGUACAAGAACCUCCUAAGAGCCAAUGAAGAGCUUGAACUGAAAAAUGAGGGCUUAGUAAAGGAAAAAUGUGCUGCACAGUCUCAACAGUCAAUCAUCAAAAUAGUCAGAGAGCUGGAGGAGAAUAAAGAAGCUGAAUAUGAAAAGCUGAUCCUUGCUUUAAGAAGGGAACAAAAUAUUUAUUCUACGCUAGUGAAGACCUUCAAAGAAUCGGAUAGUAUAAAUAGCUUGCAAACAGAACUAAACAACAUUUUCAUGUUGCGAAAACAACUAGAAGAAGACGUUGUGGCUAAUCGGAAUCUGCAGAAGGUCUUGGAAGAUCAGAUAAAGGACAUUAAAAACCGACAAGAUGAAACGCUGUCUUUCUGUGGCGAUCAAACAUCUUAUAUGAGUAUCUGUUUAGGAGAGCAAGAUCAUUUAAGCCUACAGAUAGACCAUCUGUCUCUUGAAGAACUUAAGAAAAAGGUUACUGAUCUUCUCUUGAUGGUAAAGGAUCUGCAGUCAAUUAAUCAAGAACUUAAGAAAAAACAGCUUGGACUUUGUACAACAGAUUCUCAAGGGAAGGAACCAAUAAAAAUAUUAAACCACAGUGAGUGUCUUGAAAUAACAGAGGAGCCUGUGAUGCGGCCUGAAGAUGGUGACAAUGACAGGAAGACGCAGAACUGUCAAUUUUCUGAGAGGGUCAGCCAGGUGUGCCUUCAGGUAUCUUUGGAUUUUCCUUCUGAGGUGGAUAAACAGAUAACUCCAUCAGGCUAUUCAGAGAGUUUCUGCAAAGACAGACGUUACAGCAGUCCAAAUAAGCCUCAGUUUGAAGAUGAUGCAACUGGCAAACACGUUGGCAGAACAGGAAGGAGUGAACAUGAAACAGAAGAGAACUUGCUCACAUCUCUUUUAAGAGCAAAUGGAACAUCUGUACUGGAAUCUACCAGACAAGAACAAAUGAAAAUUGUAAAUGAACUGUUAGAUCAUCUGAACACAACUGAGCAAGAAUGUUCAAGUGAAGAUACAGAGAAAAAGGAUGAAAAAGAUCUUAGGCAAAUGAUUAUUCAACUAAGAGCUGAACUCAAACAUUUCAAGCAGGUCAGUAAAUUCUUAAAGCAGCAAGUAGAAUUGAAAUCAACUUUUGACGGGAAGGAGAAGCUUUAUCCAGAUGCAGUGCCACAGAUUAAUAAGGAUAUUGAGUUGUUGAAAGUGGAAUUGAAAGAUGCAGCUACACAAACAGUGACUUUAGAGACUAAUGUCAUGAGAUUCAAACAUGAAGGCAAAAAAGGAGCCUCAGAAGAAAAGCCAGAAUAUUCAAGAUUAAAUGCGGAAACAAAACAUCAGCAAGAAAAUGUGCGUAAGGAGGUUGAACAGCAUGAAAGAGGUUUUUUUACAAGGAGAACAAAUGAACCUGAUUCUGCGUACCUGCCCAAGAAGUCCCGUCUGCCCGUCCUCUUAAAAUCAGCCAGACCAUUAGGAAACACGGCUCUGAGCUCCUGCAUGCAGAAGCCAGAUCCAAAACUACAGCGUCACACCAGGGCACCUCCUGAGGGUCUGAAAGCAUGUGAAGUACAAAACAAACCAUUUCAGCCGCAAACAAAUGGAGAGUUGCUGUUGAAUGAGGCUGUAGCUGAAAGCCUUCCAGAAGAGCCUGCGCAGGAAAGCACAUCAGCGAGAGUUGACUCGUUGCUCAAACUGGAUAAUGGUGAGGUCCAGGUGGAGUUGCAAGGCCUUGAUCCGGGUACAGGGGGCAAGAAAGAAUACACGAUGGACAAAAAUCAGCCCAACUGUCAAGAAAUGCAAAAUCAUCAUAGCAUUAGCAACGGGAAUAUCCAGCGUUCAUUAAAAGAGAUAAAUGAAGAGUUUUGUUCCGUGGAGCACGAGGACGUUGACUCAGCCACCGCACAUUCAGGUUGCAAGUGCCUGCACUCUCUCAAAUUGAGUGUAACAAGUACAGAUGUGCUUGAUGACUGUGAAGUCAUAGAUAACAUAGAAGAACUGAAACAAAGAAUUAAGAAAAUGAAGUCUGAGCUUGAAAAGUACAAAAUGUUCGUGUUGCAUUUACAGACCUCUGACCAGCUUUUAUCAAGUGGUGUUUCCAAUGCGGUUUUGAGUGACACGGCCUUGCCCGUGGAAGGACGUGUUACACAAGUGCAAGAUACAGCUAUGCAGGAAACCAAAGCAUUUUCUAGUGUACAUCAGCUGAUGGAUGAUGAGAUCCACACUGAAAAUAGGAAUUCAGUCUCUUCAAAAGCACGUGGUACAUGGACAGCAGACAACCUUAAGGAACUAGUAUCAGCAAAUGAGGCAGAACUUGAAAUAGAGCAAAUCGCAAAUAUGCAUCUUGAUGAAGUGUAUCGUCUUCAGAACAAACUGAGACAAACAUCACCAUCCAACUAUGAUUCAUUAGUUCAUUCACAAGCUCGAGAACUCUCCUUCCAACACCAACAAAUUAAAGAGAUCCGUGGCUGUUGCGCCGCUUACCAUCAACAUCUGACGAGCCUUAUUAAAGCCUUUGAGGAACUGCUUCAGGCCAGUGAUGUGGAUUAUUAUGUUGCUGAGGGCUUCUGUGAACAACUGAAUCAAAGCGUGCUAUUGUUUGAGAAGCUAGAAAGGAAGUUCCUGUAUG